UACAAGACGAAGGUCCAACAAUGGUGCUUUUAGUCAUACAAAGACUGAAUGCCUCACGUUUGUUCAUACAUUGAAAAUGCAAACGCAAGAGCAAGAAAAGRAAAUGGAUAACUGGAAAAUGGAAAAUACGGAGGAAGUCUGAGAAAAACUUGAAGAUUUAACAGGCUUACAAUAAACUCUACAUAAAUUGAUAAGAAAUAUAAUCUAUUGAUAAAAAUUUGUUCUUGCGAAAACGUCAGUAAUAUAUACUAACAGUGCAAURUCAUAGAAAAUCGAGUUGCGAAGCAAAGAAAGACACAAUGGAAACAAACUGUGAGGCAAUGACAUACCCGCUGUCAAAUAAGCUAUGUCACAUUUUAUAAAGCACAUUGUAUAUUACUAGUUAAGUGAUUUACGGACAAAUACUAAAAUCAGUCUUCAAAUAAUCGGGAUAUACUCGGUAACUACUACAAAUACAUAUAUGUUAUUUACCGGCUGGAAGGUCCGUAUAAGAAAAAACUGCCAGAGGUAUUGACAGUAUGGAACGAGCGCAGCGAUGUCCGUACAUAAAAGACCGAGGGCAGUGUUUUCGUAUACGGACCGACCUAUAACCGGUAAAUAACAUUUUUACUUUUUUUUAUUUGUAUUUUAUGCAACUUUGCUGGCAGCCUAGCUGCAGGACACCGUGGACCUGACAGAUCGUGAAAAAGAGGACCGYGCGCUAGCCAAUCACAGCGCGCGAAUAACUAGGAUGCCGGACCGAAAAAAUAUAAUGUUGUUUAAAUGAACCUGAUCGAGAAGCAACCAUUUUGGUCGGCAAUAUGGCUUUUCAUUUCUUGAAAAGACAGCGUAUAAUUUGUAUUGCUAUUUUGGUAAUUUUAGUUCUAUUCAGUACUGUACUUCUUAGUGUUUUAAGACUCACGCCAAGACUCACGUUGGCUAAAGAAAACGUCUUGAAUCAAGUACAUGGAUGUCCUCAUGUYARAAUCAACAAUAUGCAGGUCAAAGAUCUGUCAAGCUUUCCACUGAUCGUCCCUCAUAUUCAACCAAAGAUAUCAUGUGAAGACAGACUUCUAGAAAUUGUUGUGGUUGUAAAUUCGGCAUGUAAAGGGUUGGAUUACCGAAAUCUGAGAAAUGCCAUACGAAAAACAUGGGGAAAUUUGGAAACGCAAAGUGGUUCAAACCAGUACCGCGUAUUCUUCAGCCUUGGAAUUUGCGAUGAAAAUAAUCUAAACAUASAMGAAUCACAGAAWACCAAUGAUCUUAUCAUUGGAAAUUUCACUGAUAGCUAUCUUAAUGUUAAAUUCAAAACAUUCAUGGCAUUGAAAUGGGCCUACUUCCAUUUUUCUUCCAAGUUCAUUGUCAAAACAGAUGAUGACGUUUAUGUAAGGGUUCCACGAAUGCUUCGUUGGCUACAAGAGCAAAAUUAUCCUGCUCCAUUCUACGGCGGCUUUUUAUACACGGGAGCAGUGGUCGACCGGCGUCCGAGGAGCAAAUGGUAUGUUUCCUACGAAGAAUAUAAGGAUAGUUUCUGGCCACCAUUCGCUUUGGGAGCAUGUACUGUGUUUUCUACAGAUAGUAUUCCGUUGUUCUUGAGCUAUACUCAGUUUAGAGAUCCUUUUAAUACGGACGAUGCUUACAUUGGUGUUGCUGCAUGGGAUUUAGGAAUUAGAGCAAUUCAAAUACCUGAAUUUAAGUUAUUCCCAUCUAGUAGGGAAGCAGAUUAUUUGUUAAAUGCUACUGUUAUUGGCGACAGUUUAAGCGGAUCUCAAAUGGAAAGUUACUACAAUAAAUCUUGAAAAUGGGGAGKGGAUGACAUAAUGUUUGUUYGAAUUGACAGGAUAAACUUUUCCGCUUUAUCCCCUAGCUUGCCAACUCUCUCCCUGAAGGUUUAAGCUUUCGMAGUACGACAGCAUCAAGWAAUGAAAUGAAAUGUUUACACUAGACAGUCGUGGCAUUAUGCAAAAUCAGUGUUUUCAUAUAAAGUGUCRAGCGUUAAAACUGCUACGUUAUGCCUCAAUAUUUAAUACGAUAUCACAGUAAUAAUAAUAAAAAUAAUCGAAUUGUAAGGCAACGAAAGAAGAUAAGAAACUAAACGGUGAGCCAAUACUUUGGACGAUAGCAAAUAUAAAKUGUCAAAUCUAUGAAGGGCAUGAUGUUUCGUUACAUCACCUAAAAUGGUGUGGGACUCUGUUUAAUUGCUAUCUGUGAAAGGUUCAUAUCGCAUUACUUUAAAAUCGCAUURUUUAAAAGGUUAGCUCGAUGUUAUCUGUGAUUGCAAUAUGAAAUUAUCUUUAUUAAGCUUAAAAUCUCUAAAAUCGGUAAWUAAUAAAGAACUAAAUAUUGUCAUAGCAACAUCCGUAAUUCAACAAAAAUGAACGCUUAUACACCCUUUUAAUAA